AUGGAGAAUGAGAUUGUUCUAAAACAAUUAAAACCUAUUAUCGAGCCGUUUAAACAAAUUGGAAAUACUGAACGUGGAGCGAUGAUGAGGAUGAUGAUGAUGACAACGACGACAACGAUGAUAAUGAUGCAAUUCCAACACAAAUUACUCCCCAGCGUCUUCUAUGGAAUACAAAUAAAAAAGAAACGAUCAAACGUCAUGCCUGAUUCGUCCAUAAUUCAUUCCACACCAAAAGAAUCACAACAACAACAACAACAACCACAACAACAACCACAACAACAACAACAACAACGACGACAACAACAACAACAA